AUGCUCAAGAAACCACUCAAACCGGUUUCAAGAGCUUGUCUAGAAUGUCGGCAGCGACACCUCAAGUGCGACGGAAUAGAGCCUGUCUGUACGCGAUGCAAAAAAUUGGGGAAAGAAUGCUUCUUUGUCAAGAGUAAUCGUGGUGGCUCAAGAAAGAAAGGAGUAAGCACUAAGAAGCAGAGGGUGAAGCUGGAGCCCGACAUUGAUAUUGUUCUUCCUUGUGGAAAGAUGGCCGACCAGGUGGAUUGCGACCAAAAGUGUCGCUCGGGAAAAGCAAAAGAUUUACUUCCAUGUGCCCGUCAUGAAGAGGUUGACUUCUACCCGAAGUUCAACUCGUCCAAAGACAAAUCGGUACUCAACAUUUUGUUCGAUGAGAAGUACCUGACUACGCCAGACCAGUAUUACAUCACCCCCACGUUGACCAAGAAUCUUAAUGUUGAAACGAUCAUCAGCAAUUAUUACUCGAGAUUUCAUUACUGUCAUCCCUUCAUGCCGCAAAAAGAAGACAUUAGAGAGUAUCUGGAUAGCAUUCCACAUAAGUAUGACAUUCUACUGGCGAUGAAACUCAUCGGGGAUGGCCAAACACAAACCACCUACGCAAAAGAUGUGGAAACGGUGAACUACCUAGUGACCACUAUUCUUGAUUACUCAAAGCAAGUUGGACGCGACUUCGUUACAUUGCAGUCGGUUUUGCUGUUAGCAAUGGCAUCCCACAUAUCUUCUUUGCACGAUAUUAGUCAUAGUCUCUUGCAGUGUGUCGUUUCUCUUGCCCUGGAGCUCGAACUCAAUAUGGUUGACCGCGAUGCAGUUCCCGAAGUGUUUAUGGACGUGAAUGGUUUCGUUACGGAAAGAGACCCGAAAACAAAUGGACAUCCGGAUGUCAUUCAAAAAUUGCUUUCGGCCUCCCGCACAUCAAAAAUAUCUCGCUCCGUCAUGGAAGACACCGCGAGACGAACGUUCUGGGAAUUGUACUUUUUCGACACGAUAAGCGGCACCGCUUCCGGCAGAACGACUUCAGCCCUUUCAACGAAAACGGUGCUUACCCUGUUCCCCAAGGAUAUUCCGCAGAAGGUGUUUGAUUUCAAAAGCCGAGCAGAAUGCUGUAAAUUGGUGAAUGACUCUAUCAAACUUAAUAUGGCCAUCCAGGACGACAAAGAUUACAAAAAGGAUUUGCAACACAUGAAGGCCGCCAUUGGCAAUUGGGACUUGAGGAUCGAGGAUCCAGACUCGUAUAACUCGCCGUACCUGGUCAACUCGAGCGGAUUCGUCAAUGAAGGUGUUCACCAAGCCGUCAUGCUUGUGAACUACGCAAAAAUCUUCAUGCACAGACCAUUCUCCUAUCUCUGGCGAACGGAUGUUACAAGAAAGUCAAAGGAUGGAGAAGAUGAUAAUAAAGAGCCGCAUCUUGAUGCUCCCGCAAGACACGAAGCAGACUCGCGAAAAAUUAUUGAGACCAGAAGAACGAUUGAUUCUGCCUCGUCUGUGGUCAAACUGCUCCUCGACACCAACCCAGCUAAGAUCCUGGACAGAACGCCGUUCUUUGCUUGUUCAUUAGCGUUCUCCUGUUUGGUUCACCUGAGCGCAUACUCCUGGGUUGAGACAAGCCUUUCUGCGGUCGAUAAAAAUUCGAAAGGACUCUCUUUGCUACGUGACAGUGUCAGUGCAGACGAGCUGGAGACGUACACCGAGUACAUCAAACUCGAGCUGGGUGGAAUUUUCCAGAUUUCCAGACAUUGGGCAUUAUCGUCUAAACUUGUCCAGCAUAUCAAAGAUACUCUGAAAAAAGUGUCACCAAAAUUAUUUGUUAAAGUGCAGGCAAGCCUGCCUGAGUCGCACACGCAUGUGGAGGUGGAUCCCGUGGAUGCCGUGGUCCCUGAAGAGAAAUCGGCCACGUCCAAUAGCAGCGACAGUAAUAAUUUUCCUACGACUCCAUUUUACGACCUACCAGUUGACGAAAUCGACUUCAAUCAGUAUGAGGCAGGAUUUAUGGAUCUGCCUUUAGAAGGGCCGGAGCCCGACACCGGUUGUGGCUGGGUCGACAAAAGCGGUUUCGAAUUCGAAGAUUUCCUUGUUCAAUAA